ACGUAUCGUUUGAACUAGUAAGAUUGUACGAUGCUGCCUACAAUGGUUGCCUAGCAGCGGUUCUCUUCAUAAUUACACUGGAUCUUCUUAAACCAUUGGAAUUUAAUUAUCACUUCUUCAUGCUUGUAUCAUCUUUAAAGAUAGCUAGAACAGCCAUUUUUGCAUUUAUAUUUAUAAUUGCUUUGGAAUUAUUAGCCUUUGCUGCUCUCCUGUAUCUCACAAUAGGCAGACAACAUGAGCUCUUCAGAAGUAUGCCCGAAUCUAUAUAUACUUUGGUGACCGUUUUGUUAGCGAUGAUGACAUAUGAGUCUGAAGAAUUUGAUGACAUACUUGUGAAGUUUUACUUUGGAAUAUACACUAUGUCGGUUACCAUUACAUUAGUGAACGUGUUUUUUGUGUUAUUGACUAUAUCGUUUAACGAUGUAAAAGAAGGUUUAAAAAAUGGCACUCUUCAUUACGACGAAAAACUUAAUGCACACUUCUGGUAUAAAGUAGACAAAAUGUUACAAUGGUUCAUAGACAGAUUUUGUUUUUCUUGGGUCAAGCGAAAAAGGAAUGAAUUGGAGAAACUGCAAGCCUGUCUUGAAAAAUUAAAACAUAUGACGAAUACAAUGAAGAAAAAUGAUCUAGAACGACAUAAAUUGACUGCCAGAAUGAUGAUCAAAAUGAUAGAACUGGACAAAUAUCGAACGAAGCUGGACUGUCUUAACGUCCAGUGGAAUGAGUUUGCUACUAAAUAUGUAUUUGGAUAUGGUUCAACAGGAGAGACAUUGGUGAUUUUAUCUGUUCCUACUCUGUCAUGUGUAGUAGAAAUCGAUAUAUUAUGUUAUUUAGUACCCAGUUUGCGACGUGAUGCUGCAAGAAAAAUGAAAAACAGAGUUGUUGGCAAUUCCUUUAUGUUUUGCACUUCAGAUAACAAACUUUUGAAAGGAUCUGUCAAUUUAGAAGUUAUUAGUUCCAAUAAUAAACCAAACACGACGUAUAAUACAAUUGUUACUAAAACGGACAUAAAUUCUGUAUGGGAGAAACAAUAUAGUUUUGAGACAAAUUCAGGAAUACAUGCAUCAUUACAGCACAUCCCAUUCCAUUUUUGUACGAUGGAGACAGUUAAGAAUGACUCGGAAAAAAGGAUUCGUCCAUGUGAAUGGUAUCAGGUUCAACAGGAAGGAAGGACUAUAUUUCCAUCAUAUGAUACUGAAUCUACUGUUUCAUUUCCAAAAGAUACGUUUAGGAAAAGCUGCUCAGUUUCAAUAAGGACAAUGCCUGGUGAAACUGCAUCAAUUUUGAAUGUUAUCCUAGAAUUUCCACCAGAGAAACCAAUGACAGUACAUCUGCCACAUUUAUCUACAGAUGGAAAUAAUUUGAAAUCCGAUCAUCCUGCUGAGUACAUUAUUUCAGCAAAAGAGGGAUCUGAACAGGAACAUAUUCGACUUAAUUCUGUUUUGAAGAAAGAUAAAGAUGGCUUCGAUUUCAUGUAUAACACAAGAAAGCAUUGGAAAAACCUAGAAGUAACUGUAAAGAAUUCUAAAAUUUUAUGGAUAUUAAUCUAA